AUGCGUUCUUCACUGCUGACUGUUGCUGCCGCCGUCUCAUCCGCGGCCCACAUUUUCCAGCGGCAGCCCACGAUUCAACUCGUGAAUGCGCGCCGUUCCGCGGUGCCGCUCCCCGCCAUCCCGCAGCUGCCGAGACUGCUCCGCCCACCGCGGCUCUCCGCUGGCGAAGCGGACGAUGAGAUUGCGGCGCUGGAGGCGAAGCUGGCCGAGGCCAAGCGCGCAAAGGAGGAAGCAGAGCGCGCGAGGCUGCGCGAGGAGGCCGAGGUUCGCCGGGCCGCUGCGGAGCUGUCGGGAGAUCUGGACGAGGGCUUCGACUUCAACACGCUCUCGUCGCGAAAAAAGGUGGCGGCGGUCAAGGCGCCGCCGCCGCCCGAGUUCCUGAGCGAGUCGUGGAAAGAGGAGGAGGCGGGCGAGGGCGGCGGCCUCGCGCUCGUCAACCUGGCGGGCGGGGCAGCGCUCGUGCUGGGGCUGAUCGCGUUUUCGCAGGUGCCGGUGGGCAGCAACCUCGACCUGGCGACGUACGGCGGCGGCACCGUGGCGGUGGAGUCGCCGGAGCAGAUAAGGCAGCGUUACGGCGAGGUGGCCGGCGACGAGUGACCGUCUGAUGAGGGCGCGCCGCUGUAGAGGGGGGGGGGGGGGGUCCGCGUCGCGGUGGAUUUGUCAAAAUACCAGAAGGAAGAAUACCGCUGGAAAAGAAA